UGCCCGUGGGUCGCCCCGUGGGGGCCCGGGCUGUCCCUUCUGCCAGGCGCGGCCGGGACGUGGGGCCCCGGUUUGGGCACGUUGUGGGCCGGGGCCGCCCGAGGCCUGCGAGUCGGCGCAGAGCCGGGCUGCAGCGGCGGCCGAGCUGGCGGUCACACACAGGGUCUCCUGAGACCGGGACACGUGUCCUCUGGGCCGAGAGCGGCGGGGUGCGGGGCCGCCCCACGAGCUGGGCACAGCCGUGUGCUGCCCUGGGCCCCGUGGCUCUCUGUGGGCUCUGGCCCCCCGCAGGUCCCUAGCUUUCUGCCCCAACCCGGGGCUCCAUGCCGUGUCUGCCCUGCCCGCGCUCGGGGGCCCCGUCCACUCUGGUCACUGCACGGAGCCGCCCCCGCCCCGGCCUCUGGGCAGUCACCUGCCGACGCAGGUCCCAGGUGCAGAGGCUGCCCAGGCCUCUGGCCAGCAGUAGCCGCCAGUCCUGGGGCGCCCCUGGGCUGGGGGAACGGCCUGGGCCUCGCCUGUGGUCGGGGUGCCGGGGCGCCGGGGCAGGGCGCUGCGGGCUCUUGCAGCAGUUCGGGUGCUGGCUGCCGGCCUGGCCACGCCGUGCAGGUCCCGGCCCUCACUGGUGUGUCCAGGGCAAGGCGAGACCCGAGAGAGGCGGCCCGGGGCGCUGGGCACCGUGUCCCCGCCGCUGUGCCCGCGAGGCGCCGUCUUCAGGUCCGGUCCCGGGCCCUGGAGCUGGGGGCGUCCGCGUGGCGGGGCGGCCCUGUGGCCUCAGCACCUUCGCUCUUGCAGGCAUCGACUACAAGACCACCACCAUCCUGCUGGACGGCCGGCGGGUCAAGCUGGAGCUCUGGGACACGUCGGGCCAGGGCCGCUUCUGCACCAUCUUCAGGUCCUACUCGCGGGGCGCACAGGGCAUCCUCCUGGUCUACGACAUCACCAACCGCUGGUCCUUCGACGGCAUCGACCGGUGGAUCAAGGAGAUCGACGAGCACGCGCCCGGGGUGCCCCGGAUCCUGGUCGGCAACCGGCUGCACCUGGCCUUCAAGCGGCAGGUGCGCACGGAGCAGGCGCGGGCCUACGCCGAGAAGAACGGCAUGACCUUCUUCGAGGUCAGCCCGCUGUGCAACUUCAACGUCACCGAGUCCUUCACCGAGCUCUCGCGCAUCGUGCUCAUGCGGCACGGCAUGGAGAAGAUCUGGAGGCCCAACCGAGUGUUCAGCCUGCAGGACCUGUGCUGCCGUGCCAUCGUGUCCUGCACCCCCGUGCACCUCAUCGACAAGCUCCCGCUGCCCGUCACCAUCAAGAGCCACCUCAAGUCCUUCUCCAUGGCCAACGGCAUGAACGCGGUCAUGAUGCACGGCCGCUCCUACUCACUGGCCGGCGCGGCCGCAGGCGGCAGCAGCAAGGGCAACAGCCUCAAGCGCUCCAAGUCCACCCGCCCCCCCCAGAGCCCCCCGCAGAACUGCUCCCGGAGCAACUGCAAGAUCUCCUAGCAGGCCGGCUGGCGGGCGGGGCGGCCAGCCCCCGGGGACGUGGUGGCCGGUGGCCGGGCCCUGCCCCCCCGGCCCCACAGGGCGGCACGUCCAGCGCCCGGCGGCUCGCCGUGUCUGGACUGGAGCAUGUGGUGCUGGCAGCUGCCUCCCUUCUGCCUGUGGCCGAGGGCCCGGCCCUGCCCGCCUCGGCGGGCGCCUGGUGCCGGGGCGGGUACUGGCCACCCGCCCUACCCAGGGGCGACCUCUGGACUUCGGACCCGUUCUGGCUGCGCUGGGGCCGCCCGCCCUGCGCGGCCUCUGCUGCCCGCCGGCGCCGUCGGGCCCUGCAGACGGGUCUUGUUUGUACAGUAAAGGGAAUCCGCUGUGACUGCCGUGUCCAUGCUGUGGUGCCACGGCCACGUGCUGGGCACUAGCUGCCUACGCUGGCCUCACUGACCAAUGCGCCUGCUGCGCUGGCCGCUGGCUUUCAGGCCGCGCCCCCUCUGGCCUCCAGCCUGCCCUUCCCUGCAGCCGGUCAGACGGGCUGGGCAGCCCCUGCAGUGUCCACGGCAGCCAGGCAGCUGUCUGGGGCCAGUGGGGGCCAGGCGCAAGCCUGGCGCAGGGCUCUGGGGUCGGCUCCGCAGGACGCCGUG